AUGUCUUCAAAAACCGAGUAUGAAACUAUUCGCGACUUCACUGAGGAUCUUGAAUAUCAAACGCUUUCCUCUGACUUUUCGCCGGAUGUAGCUGAGCGUCCCGAACGUUUACACGAAUGGUUGAAGAGCGAAGAAAUCGAAUCACUUCAUUAUAAAUUUUUGGAAAAGGGAAAAUUAAGCUAUCCCGAUCUGCGAGAAGAAUUGGAGAAUUUGAAUAUUAAAUUCACUCAUCUUGAAUAUAAUCGUUUGUUUUUGAAAAUCAGUGAAAAUCGCAAUUCCAAAUGUGAUUGGGACGAAUUCAUUUCGUAUCUGUUAAAUGGGUUCAGAGAGGAUCACCCCACUUCCACCAGAGAUGAUGAAAUUACACUUCCGAUUCAUACACCUCCCGUUGUUAGAACAUCGGAGCAUCGUUCGCCUGUUUGUUGCAUCGCAUUAUUAAAGGUCAAUAAAUUGGAAUCGAUGGAGGAGCGCAGCGACAGCGAUAGCGAAUCCGAAGAACAAAAAUUUCAGAGGUUUUUUAAAGAGUAUGCACUUGAACAGUCAGCCGAGUGGGCAGGUAUCUGGGUAACAGCUAGUCGGGAAGGCCAAUUACGUUUUUGGUCAAUGGGUUUAAAACCUUUGCGCUUGGGAAAGUCUAAUAGCAUACACCAGAAAAUUCGUACGUGGAUAUUGUGUAUACGUGGUUUGUCGGAUGUAAACCUUGUGUGCACUUCGUCUACGGAACGCGAGCUACGUUUUCAUGAGACAGUAACUUCCACAUUCAGUUUACGUGCUGUUAUACUAAGCAUGCCCUAUGCUGUGUACAAUAUGCAAUACAGCUAUCACGAGGCGCAGACAUCUAGAUUGAUUAUGGGUGAUUAUGGCGGUAGUGUGCGUAUCUUGGAAUUUGAUGCUCAUUCAAAGUCCCCUUUCGUAAGCAAAUCAGGAAGAGACAUUUUGGAGAUGUUUUGGACGGAUAUCGCCAAGGGCAAAUUUCCGCAAUUCAGAUGCCAUGAAUAUUUAAACGUACACACUGAAAUGAUACAGCAGGUAUAUUUUGCAAGACGUUUAAAUUCUACAUUUGCCGCCGCAGAAUACCGUAACAUCAAAAAGUAUCGCGGACGAUGUCCUGGUCUGGUAGUUUUGUCUGGCGAUGAUAAGAGUACCUUUCGCAUACCAUUGGGUGUUACAACGUUCUGCGUCGAUGAACGACAUGACAUGGUGGUUACUGGAGGCCCGGACACGUCUUUACGAAUUUGGGAUAUUUACGUGCCAACUCAACCGACGAGUUUACUAACGGGGCACCACGCCGGCAUAGUUUAUGUGUUCGUGCAGACUGAAGAAAAGAAAAUUUUUAGUGUGGAUUAUCUCAAAAUUAUUAAGGUUUGGGAGCUAUCCGAACAUACAUUACUGCAAACCUUCGAUGAUUUGGUGCGUAUAAUACCUAGCGAAACCGAUUUGGUAUUUCAUUACCACAGGGCACUAAGAGUACUUUUGAUUGGCUGUCGAAAAUUAGUAGCAAUUAAAUGUAAUCCACGCGUGUACGUUGAUUUAACUGAUGGGAAUACGCACACGGCUCCCGUUUCGGUGGUGCUAUAUAAUAGAUUGUUUCGCAAUGUGGUUACUUGCGGCCUGGAUAGUCUUGUUAUUGUUUGGGAUCCCUGGUCUGGCAAACGUAGAAUUAUUAUUAAAGAUUGCCACAUCGAAUAUAUCUACGGGGAAAAAAGCAAAGUUGAAAUUACUGCGGCAUGUUUCGAUCCUCUCGAACGACAUUUGUUGACUGGUGCCCGCGAUGGUUGCCUCAAAAUAUGGAAUUAUAAUAACGCUGUAUGCAUACGUAACCUAAGGAUUGAAGGAGACCAAAGUAUAACCGCUGUUAGAUGGGUAAAAGAAAGGAUUUUAGUUGUCGGUUGGGAUCAGCACGUGACUGAAUUUCCUUGUCAGGAAGGUAACGAAUAUACUCUUGCGAAAAAAUGGCCCAUGUUUCAUCAUGAUGAUAUCACUUGCGCUGAUGUUAAGACGGGCGAGGGUGUUGUUACAGCGAGUUAUUCCGGUGAAUUGAUAUUUUGGAAACUGGAGACCGGCCAACCUUACCGGUGUUUUAAUGUGGCAGAACCAACGGAGUUCAUCGAGUUAAGUUUCAAUAGGUAUAAAAAAAAGCGCAAGGAAAUAUUUCCUGUAACCGAAGCACAUUUUCCUACAUCCGACUCCACGGCACAUUUUAUACGUCUUACAGCAUUUGAAAUGGGAAAGCAGAUGAUUAAAACGCUUCAAGCACGUAAACAGUCAAAAUUGGCAGCUACCAUACGCCGACGUAGCGAAAAUGUGUUUAUUGCCAUGUCUGUACAAGCGGUUUUAUUUUUGCAAACACGUCGUUUCGCAGAGGAACAUGGUGAUCUUCUCGUAGCUUUGGAAACUGGUGCAGUACAAGUAUAUUCUCAUCACCAACGUGGUGGUUUUAUAACGCAGUUUAAUGCUAUACAUAAAAUGGGUGAUUGCGUUUUAGCCAUGACUACUGAUCGAAAAGAGCGUUACUUGUUUACUGGCACAGCCUGUGGUUAUAUAAAACUUUGGCAUAUACAAAACUUGGGUAUGCCACCAUCGGAAAAGGUGAGAAUCAGCAUGCCGUUAUUGCGCUUAAAAUUUAUAUUUUUGCGUAGGGAUACAUUUUUAUUAUCUGCUAAGCGCGCAGUACGACAUCAAACAGAACCAUUACUACUCAGCUCGUAUAAAGCUCAUUUAGCAGCUGUCACAUCUACGGUUUUCAUUCAUCUACCAAAAAUAUUAAUUACCGGCAGUAACGAUUGUUCGGUACGCUUGUGGACCAUAGGUGGUAGGUAUCUAGGUACACUGGGUAUGCCGUUGCCUUGGAUGAAAUUAUCACCUUUUGAACCGUUUAAAGAGGAAGCACGAGUAUUCCGUUUAUCACCCGACAUUAAGAAAGUCGCCAGCACUACCACUAUGAAGGUUAUUUCAGGUGUUCAGCUUGAUCGUAUAAGACCUCGUUCAAAAAAGGUAGUGGAAGAAAAAGAUCUGGAGGAAGAGAAUGAACUAAUACGAAAUUAUGGCAAGCCAUUGCAUGAACCCAUUCUUGGGGAACAUUUCCAAUACCCUGCUUAUAAUGAACCUAAACAUCCAAUCAAAUUGAAAACUAUUUCUUCUCCUGCUUCGGCUAAAUUUACGCCGGUUUACGCUCAUAUGAAAGUUUAUGAAGUAAAUCCUCACGAACUACCACCAACAUCAUCAGCAACAAAGCGUUUGGCUGUCGAAAAUUAUUUGAGCAGCGAACUAACUGAAUCAAGAGCAUGGACGGAGUAUAAAACCACAAGAAAACGUGCUGAGUGA